AGAGCAGGUCGGGUCUGGUCGGGUCUGGCCUGGUCUGCGGCCCGGGGAGGAGACCCGGCCUUGGGCAGCGGGGAACCGAGAACCCGCCGGACAGGCCCCGAGGUCGGGAAGAAGCGGGAGGCCCGGCGGCCGCUGCAGGUUAGUCGAUAAUCAGAAGUGCUGAUCCUGGCCUGACACUGCUGAGAUUUUUCAUCCCUUCCCGUUCGUUUAGUGAUUGCUCGGGGAUGGGGUCCCAGAGGCCGGUGGGCACAGAGAGGAAUUGGAGCUUGGCAUCCGCCAGUUUCCUGCUGUUCGCCGUGUCUCUGCUGGCGUUUCGUCGUACUCGGAAGGUGAACAUGGGUUUGUCGGCGGGCUUCCUGUUGCAGGGGUUUGCGGGAGCGCUGGGGGCCAUCCUGGGCCUGGGUCUGGCCGGCAGCAGGGGCUGGGGCUCCGGCUGGCAGCGGCAGACACGCUGGGUCUGCUCGGUCCUGGGGCUGCCCCUCCUCGCCUUCGGCUACCACUGGAGCAGCGGUGAGCGGGCGGCUGCCAACGUGCUGCUGUCCGCAGGGGUGCUGGCAGCCGCUCUCUCGGGCCUGGCCGGCCCGGCUGCCUCAGCGGUAGCCGUCGCCGCCCCGCUCUCCAUGCUGGCCGCCGCGCUCCUCACCGCUGACGGCUGGGCCUGCGCCGGCAGCCUGGCGCUCCUGCUCACCGCUACCCUGCACCCUACCUACGCCUGCACCCUGCUGACGGCCGCCGGCGUCGCCGCACUGCAGCAGGCACUGGGUGCACGGCGCCAGGCGGCAUGAACCGCGGCUCCCACACGGGACUCCGGCGACUGUGUAACCGCGGAUCCUGGUGCUGCUACACCAACGGAGACUCACUGGCAUCAGCUGCCGAACAAGUACCCCCGUCGUAGCUUCCCCCUAACCUCAUGCUGCCUCAGAUUAUCAACUGUGAUUUUCUCACGACCAUCAAAUGUUUCUAUCCUCAAUAAAGUUAUUUCUGUAUAACAAUGGUGCUUUUUUUUUUCCUUUGAAUUAUCUGUUCCUAGUACUGGUUUAUUAUUGUCACGAGUACUGAGAUACAGAGCUAUCCAGGCAGAUCAUACCAUCUACAGAAGCAAGGGUACCAUCCCAAGAUGUCAUCUGCCCAUUUCCCUCCAAAGUUGCCCGCUGUGUUCCUCCAGCAUUGUUUUCCGCAAAAGUUUCCAGCAUCUGCAGUCUCUUGUGUCUCCAGAUCCUAGCAUAAAUUAGUACAUCUGGUAUUGAAAAUAGAUAAAAUUAACGGAGUGAAAUACAGUGUUAGGGCUACAAUU